AUGCAGAAAGCUCGAGCUGAACUUAGUCGUUUGGAGACUGUAUGCAAGAGCCUGAUCUCAUGCAUCGAAUGCCCCAUUUGCAUGGAAAUCAUGACUGAAGCAGCGAGCGGCUGCUGUGGUCAUUGCUUUUGCAUCGGCUGCUUCGGGUGCUCCUUGACCUCCUCCUUUAGCUGCCCCACGUGCCGUGAGCCAGUCAAAGCCUUGGUCCGCCAGUUUGCAGUGGAGCAGAUUGCCGCUCACAUCCCCUUGCUGAAGGAGAUCCCCCUGCAAUUGGGUGUGCAACUGGCUCAGAGGGAAGCUGACCUGGAUGCCCGCAGGCGGCUGCCAGAGCUGGAGCUGCAACUGGAGAAGGAACGUGCUCGCAGCUUGGCCACAAGCCAUCGGAUAGCUUUGGGGCAUCGGAUUCCGGUGACCGACACGGCAACGGGCACCGGCCGGGGGUGCUUACGGAGGUGA